AUGGCUGUUGGCAAGAACAAGAGAUUAUCCAAGGGCAAGAAGGGGUUGAAGAAGAAGGUCGUCGACCCUUUCACCAGAAAGGACUGGUUCGACAUCAAGGCUCCCUCGACCUUCAAGAACCGUAACGUCGGUAAGACCCUCAUCAACAAGUCGACCGGUUUGAAGAACGCCGCCGACGGGUUGAAGGGCCGUGUUUUCGAAGUGUGCCUCGCCGACCUCGAGGACUUCGAAGACCACGCCUUCAGAAAGAUCAAGUUGAGAUGUGACGAAGUCCAAGGCAAGAACUUGUUGACCAACUUCCACGGGCUCGACUUCACCCAGGACAAGAUCAGAUCGUUGGUGCGCAAGUGGCAAUCGUUGGUUGAAGCCAACGUCACCGUCAAGACCGCCGACGACUACGUCCUCAGAGUGUUCGCCAUCGCUUUCACCAAGAGACAAGCCAACCAGAUCAAGAAGACCACUUACGCUCAAUCGUCGAAGUUGAGAGAAGUGAGAAAGAAGAUGAUCGAAAUCAUGCAAAGAGAAGUGUCGACCGUCACCUUGGCCCAAUUGACCUCGAAGUUGAUCCCCGAAGUGAUCGGCCGUGAAAUCGAAAAGUCGACCCAAACCAUCCUCCCCUUGCAAAACGUCUUCAUCAGAAAGGUUAAGUUGUUGAAGCAACCCAAGUUCGACCUCGGUGGCUUGUUGGCCUUGCACGGUGAAGGCUCGACCGAAGAAAAGGGUAAGAAGGUCUCGGCCGCCAAGGAUGUCAUCUUGGAAUCGGUGUAA